UAUAUAUCGAACAUCUCAAUAAUAAUUAUGGAACGGACAUCUUCGGUUGUGAACAUUAACGUGUUAUUUUUUGCAAAAAGUCGCGAGCUAGCAAAAACUUCACGAGCUGAAUUUACUGUUGAACCUGUGGUAAAAGCGGGCAGCUUACUGAUACAAUUAAUUGAAUCUUUCAACUUGAAAACCAUAAGUGAUAAUCUGAUCAUAGCUCAUAACGAAAACUACAUUGAAAAUCUGGAAGCAGAGAUAUAUCUCUGUAAAGGUGAUGAAAUUGCUGUGAUUCCGCCUAUAAGUGGGGGAUAACGAAG